GUGGAAUACGUGUUUUUGGUUCGUCAUAAAUCCGCUUGGGUCCAAGUUGAGGACUGUCAUAAAUCCGAACCGUGCCGUUAGUGUUUUUGCGUCUUCCUCUAUAAACCAACUCUUUUCAGUGAUUCAUCUGCGGAGAGAAACAUAUAGCAAAAUAGCAAAUGGAUAACACAGAAGCUGAGGCAAAGCAGCCCAAGGGAGAUCAACAACAAGGAGAUGAAGAAGAGGGGCCGCCGCCAGGAUGGCAAUCUAUUCCUCCUCAAGCUUCUGCUCCGCAACAGCCGCUGCACCUGUCAUCUGAAAUGGCUCAAAUGGUUUGUGGUUCGUGCCGCCAACUGCUUUCAUAUCCACGAGGAACCUUGCUAGCUAAAUGUUCAUGCUGUGAAACUGUCAACUUUGUACUUGAAGCUCAUCAGGUUGGAGUGGUUAAGUGUGACAGUUGUACAGUGUUGCUGAUGUACCCCUAUGGAGCUCCAUCAGUAAAGUGUUCCUCUUGCCAUUUUGUGACAGAAAUUGGGGAACACAAUAGACGCCCUCCGUGGUCUGUUCAACAGGGGCAACCGACCCCUCCCAACGUUGUUCAUUAAACUGCCAAUACAUGUCUAGUCUGUUGAUCCUUGACUACCUUUUUCUUAUCUGAUGUUUAGUUGAAUUAUCAAUGUAUAGAAAUUAAUACAGUAUUUUGUCCUAAUGAA